AUGGCGCCGACGCCGGAGAAUGCCAUACGCGCAGCGAAAGAGCCAUACAAGACGGAGCAGGUCAACGACCAGGGUUUGCCCAUCAACACCGCCAUGCUUCCAGUUCUGAACCACGCGAAGAUCGAGAAAGUCAUGUGGCAAGUGGCCGCGUACGGUCAGUGGGUGGAGGAGCACAACAAUGACGUGACCCAAUGGAUCACCAUUCACGGUCGCAACGACACCAUUGACCAAAUAAUCGUCAAUGACAUGAGUGCCCUCGCGCUUAAGGACCUGCUCAUCGAGUCGACAUACUACAUCCCCACAUCCGAGCCGGAUGUCGUACUUGUACACUUGUAA